CCUAAACCUAAUGAAUACUGAACUUCUUCCUCUUCCUUUAUCGUUUUCUUUCUCGGCUUCAGACGAUAUCUUCCGCCAACCAUUCUUCAUAAAUCACUAAAUAAGAAUGCAGGAAGAGGAAGAUCUGAUUAGCCAACUCCCUGAUGGCAUUCUUCUACUCAUCCUCGAUAAAAUCGACAUAUAUGAAGCGGUUAAAACAAGCAUGAUUCUCUGGAAAAACCUGUGGCGUUCCCUCCCCGGCCUCCGCUUCCACUUCCGUCCCGCCACCACUCCCUUCCGCAUCCACUUACAAGAUUUUACCAUCCACUCUACCUUUGUUUCCCAGUUGCUAUCUCACCGUGACGCCGCAGCCGCCGUCCACGACUUCCACCUCUUAUUCGACGGCCCUACCCCCGUUCCACAAUUUCCAUGCGGAGUUGACCGGGAAUUCUUGGAGGAAUGCGUGCUCUACGCCAUCAAUCACGGCGUUCAAUCCAUCCGCCUCCACUGGCCCACCUACCGCAAACUCAGGCUUCCGCCAGCGUUUCUCACCUGCAACACGCUACGUGAGCUCGAGAUCAGGGAUUUGUUCUGCCCGGUUAAACUACCUGGACGCUUAUCUUUACCGUAUUUGAAAACCCUUCAUCUUCACACCAUCGUUUUGGUCUUCGCCAAUGAUCACCAUAGGAUGGACCCCUUUUCCGCCCUUCCGGAGCUGGAGAAGCUUACUCUCACUAGUUUUGUGUGUGAUGGCCUCGUUGUUAUAAAGGCUCCAAAGCUUAGACUUCUUGAAAUCGAGAAUUAUUAUUUAAAUAUGGAAGAAAUCUCUGCCCCAUUGCUUACCUCAUUUACAUACAAGUGUUUAGCUGCUUGGGAAUGUGCCAAGGUGAAUCUCCCAAUCUUGGAACAAGUCUAUUUAGACAUUGACCAGGUUUUCAAUACCAACUGUCUUACUAUGCUUCACCAAUUUGGGAAUGCCUCUGCUGUUUCAUUGACUUCCAACACUCUGCAGAUUCUCCAACGCGAAUUUGGUUUCUCUGACCAAACUCCUAUUCCAUUUCCCAACAUGAAAUGUCUCAAAGUGAUGAAAGGACGUUAUACAAGUCUCAUAGUGUGUCCGAGUGUAAUAAACUAUUUGACAAGGACUUUGAACUGCGAGGUGGAGCUUUCUCCUAAUUUAUUUGAUAUUGAACACAUGACUGACGAAGAAAUGUACGACUAUCAAAACUCCUUAAAACAAUUGGUACACCAAUAUAAUGCAACUUAGUUGGUAAGAUAUUUUCACUUCAACAAUAGGGGACCAUUGUUGAUUCGGAACUAUGAUUUUUUUUUAAAUGCAUUUUCCCUUGGAUUUGAUUUGUUUACUUUUGACGUAUUAGUUUUUAAGAUUGUUUGUAUU